AUGUGUAGUGAUGGUGACACGGGAGCUGAAGGUGAUGGUUGGCAGGACAACGGCGGUGACAUGGCUGCUUUCAUUACCGAGAUUGGCGAAGCUGUUGGUUUUCACAAUCUGCGUGCCUAUAGCAUUCGGGACCUUGAGACAGCCGGAGCAAAGUCUGGAGGACAAAUGGAGACGGAGCAGAGUCUCAGUGUGGCCUCUCUCUCUCUCUCCAUUCACCUACUUCCCACACCCAAUCUUUUUCUACCGACAUUGAAGGCUUUAGCCACUGUGUUGACCUCGCAACUUUUCGUCCGUAUGCAUAUUUCAUAG